UUGGCUCGUCACAAUAAAACAUUGCAACAGAUGCUGAAGCCAGGGUCAGAUCCCGAUGAAGGAGAUGAAGCCUUGAGGUAUUAUGCCAAUCAUACAGCACAGAUAGAGCUUUGUAACAAAAUAGUGUUUCUGGUGAGCUUUGUUGGGAACCGUGGAACUUUCACACGUGGCUACAGAGCAGUCAUCAUGGACAUGGCUUUUCUCUACCAUGUAGCGUACGUCCUGGUCUGCAUGCUGGGCCUCUGCGUGCACGAAUUCUUCUAUAGUUUCCUGCUGUUUGAUCUGGUCUACAGAGAAGAGACUUUGCUAAAUGUGAUAAAAAGUGUUACCCGGAAUGGUCGUUCCAUUAUCCUCACUGCAGUGCUGGCACUCAUCCUAGUUUAUCUCUUCUCCAUCAUUGGGUUCCUCUUCUUGAAAGAUGACUUUAUCAUGGAGGUUGACAGAUUGAAAAUCAGGACCCCUGUUGCAGGUAUUGGUGAAGUCCCCCCUACGACCCUUACAUCAAUGAUGGGAGCCUGUGCAAAAGAGAACUGUUCCACAAGCAUCCCAAUUGGUAACCCAGGUGAAGAGGAGGAGGAUGGAAUAGAAAGGACCUGUGACACCCUGCUCAUGUGCAUUGUGACUGUAUUAAACCAAGGCCUGCGAAAUGGUGGUGGUGUGGGAGACGUGCUCAGAAAGCCUUCCAAAGAUGAGCCCUUGUUUGCUGCGCGAGUUGUUUACGAUCUUCUGUUUUACUUCAUUGUCAUAAUUAUUGUUCUAAACCUAAUCUUUGGAGUCAUCAUUGAUACAUUUGCUGAUCUCAGAAGUGAAAAGCAGAAAAAGGAGGAAAUACUAAAGACAACCUGUUUCAUCUGUGGACUGGAGAGAGAUAAAUUUGAUAACAAAACCGUUUCGUUUGAGGAGCAUAUAAAGUCAGAACACAACAUGUGGCAUUAUUUGUACUUUAUAGUUCUUGUCAAAGUUAAAGAUCCUACUGAAUACACCGGCCCGGAGAGCUACGUGGCACAAAUGAUUGUGGAGAAGAAUUUGGACUGGUUCCCUCGGAUGAGAGCCAUGUCCCUGGUUAGCAAUGAAGGCGACAGUGAGCAAAAUGAAAUCAGGAACCUGCAGGAGAGGCUGGAGUCAACCAUGAGCCUCGUAAAACAGCUUUCCAGUCAGCUUGCUGAGCUCAAGGAACAGAUGACAGAACAAAGGAAGAAUAAGCAGAGGCUGGGCUUUCUUGGAUCAAACACACCCCAUGUGAAUCAUCACAUGCCACCACCCUGAUACCACGGGGAGAAGCCGUGACUAGCCUUUCAUCAGUAUUCCUGCUUUAUUAUAGAAUAAAAAACUGAGAUUGAGAGGAGCGAACAGUGCCUAUUGUUACAAAGUUAAAAACAACCAAGUGCCAAGAUGUUAAGUGGUUUAGCUCUGGGAACAAUUUGUAGCUGUUUUUCAUGGUUGAAAGGGACCACAACCUAGAACGCAAGAAAUACAAGGGAGCUCAUUUGUAUUCGUUCACGGGGCCCGACUCAGCUGCGUUUGUGCUCUGCAACUCAAUGGCUUUGCUGGUAGCUGCCAUGUGUGAUGGAGGUCGGGGCAGUGUUUGGCCAUGUCCUUAAAGCUGCCUUAAGACUUAUCCCUAAAGCACUGGGAUAACCAAGACGAGCAGAAGAAGGAGAAAUGUUUAUUAACGCACAUACGACAGC